AUGGUUAUGUGUUGCAGAGGUAACUGGUUGGGGUUCAGGUGCGUAAUUACGCACUGCGCCCUCGAAACAUAUUUUGGCACACCUCCGCUGUAUAAUCCGAAGUGUCAGCUCUGUCCCUUAUAUCAACCGCGCACAGUGACGUCCACAUGCCGCUAUGAGUCAAGACACAAUACGAGGAAAUCCCCAAGGCUGAGAAAACGACGAGAGGCCCCUUUAAAUCGACGCUUCCUCGGUGUUGUGCCAAGAGAGAGAGAGGGGGGAGAGAGCGAGAGAGAGGGAGAGAGCUCUGAUAAACAACAACACUUUUCUCAGAAGCCGCUAUUACCGGAUUCAGCUCUUUACUGCGGCCUCGGUGAGCAAGAGGCUACGAGGACUUUCACGGUGUUAUUAUCAACGUUCAGUCGGCUGGUGUUCAUACAUUCAUUGUUGAAUGCCAUUGCGGAAGUGAGAAGCCCUAUUCGACACGACACAAAGCUUGGACUGUGCGGACACCUAGUGGCCAAUCAGGAGAAGGCGCCUUCUAAAGACAUGUACGGAGCUUCAGGGAUCCCAGAGCUCAUCCCGCCCAGCGGGCCGCCCCGGCAGCCGGGUCCGGCGGGGCAGUUCAACCCGGGACACCCACAGGUCAACGCUGACGGCGGCGGGGCCAACCCUCAGAGACUGGGACAGAGAGCACCCAAACUGGGACAGAUUGGUCGAACUAAGAAAGUGGACUUGGACGAUGAAGACUUGGAUGACAUCAUGAACAACAACGGCCAGUGUCCCGUAUCCCUGUCGCCUAUCUCCUAAACUUCACCAAGAAGUGCCAAAAAAAAAAAAAAAAAUCCCCAAGGACGCCAAAACUCCCCGUCAGUGAUCUUGGCCUUGAUCCUGUCACGUGUCCUUCUGAAGCUUCUGACGGCUCAAACAGGCACAAAAACGGCUCAUUUAGCGGCAGCUGAAGCCUAGGCCCUGAUUGUACAUAGUGUUUAUUUAACUUAACUUUGGUCAGACUGUGAAUGAAUUGUAUUUGUAUCGCUCUCUACUCUAUACCUCGGUAAGCAGUAGAUUUUCAGGACUUGAGAAAGAUUGGAAGGAAGUGUCUAUAUUUUCCAGAGCUUCUUAACAAGGGCUACAUUUCUAAAGUUGCACUGAGCUGAAAGGGUUUCUGAUGAAAAGAGCCUCUCACCGGCGUGUUUUUGACGCUGAGGGUUUCUGAUUGUCUGCGGGUUGGUUGUGUGAUGGAACACACGCCUGUUAAUGUGUAACACACAGGUGAAAUGUUAAGCUUGGGUUGUGCAAUGACUAUCACUCUACUCUCACACUGAUGCAAGUGGUGUACAAAUAUCCAGUGGAUGAAAGCUCGCUAUUUAAAGAAGAAAAAAAACUACUGCUAAUUAUUUAUUGUUUCAACAAAAAAAAGAGAAGAAACACUUUGUGUUGUUAUGGCUUCUACGUGUUUUUUACUUGUUCCUGAAUGGAAAUUGCUUCAGUAAAUCUAUAACUGAGAUUUAUUUUGUUUUCCAAAUGGUGCACUUUGUGGGAAUGCCUGUUAUGUGCAGUGACAUGUUGCAGAAUUCUAUGCAUGAAGUCUGUUCAAGCAUCAGAACACGUAACUGGUAUCCUGUUAUUAAGGGCUAUGUAGUAGUAUUUCACACCACACCACAGUUAUGCUCUUUAGAUCAUGCAGAGUCAACGUUUUCCUGAGCUCAUUGUUGGCUUGAGCUGCCGACUCAGCGGUAAAAUCUCG